AUAUGCGUGUGAGAGCAGCUGAACGGUCUGCCACUGACAUACAACCAGGAAGAAGGAAGGUGGGAUAGCGCUAACAAAGCUAAAAUCCCUUUUCUAUCUGAAAAACUUUACCCACAAAAUCAUGGGGUUUUCCAGGUGGAAGAUAAUUGUGGUGACCUUGCUGUAUGCGGUGGGACUGUUACUGCCGGCCCGAGCGGAUGAACACGAACACACGUAUUUAGAUAAAGAGGAAGUUGUCUUAUGGAUGAACACAGUGGGGCCCUAUCACAACAGACAAGAAACCUACAAAUACUUUUCCCUUCCGUUCUGUGUCGGCUCCAAAAAGACAAUCAGCCAUUACCACGAGACCCUCGGGGAGGCCCUGCAGGGCGUGGAGCUGGAGUUCAGCGGAUUGGACAUCAAAUUUAAAGACGAGGUUUUGCAGACGACGUACUGUGAAAUCGAGCUGGACAAAGCCAAGCGCGAUGCCUUCGUUUAUGCCAUAAAAAACCACUACUGGUACCAGAUGUACAUCGAUGAUCUGCCCAUAUGGGGAAUCGUUGGGGAGGCUGACGAGAACGGGGAGGAUCACUACCUCUGGACUUACAAGAAACUGGAGAUCGGUUUCCACGGCAACAGAAUUGUUGAUGUGAAUUUAACCAGCGAGGGAAAAGUGAAGCUGGUGCCCAACACGAGGAUCGCCAUGUCCUACUCUGUGAAGUGGAAGAAGUCAGAUGUGAAAUUUGAGGACCGAUUCGACAAGUACCUGGAUCCAUCCUUCUUUCAGCACAGAAUUCACUGGUUCUCCAUUUUCAACUCCUUCAUGAUGGUGAUCUUCCUGGUGGGCCUGGUGUCCAUGAUCCUGAUGAGGACGCUGCGGAAAGACUACGCCCGCUACAGCAAGGAGGAGGAGAUGGACGACAUGGACCGGGACCUGGGGGAUGAGUACGGCUGGAAGCAGGUUCACGGGGACGUGUUCCGCCCCUCCAGCCAGCCCUUAAUCUUCUCCUCCCUCAUCGGCUCCGGCUGCCAGAUCUUCUCUGUCUCCCUCAUCGUCAUCAUCGUGGCCAUGAUCGAGGACCUGUACACAGAGAGAGGAUCCAUGCUCAGCACCGCCAUCUUCGUCUACGCCGCCACCUCCCCCGUCAAUGGCUACUUCGGCGGCAGUUUGUACGCAAAACAAGGGGGACGGAGAUGGAUCAAGCAGAUGUUCAUCGGAGCUUUCCUCAUCCCUGCCAUGGUCUGUGGCACCGCCUUCUUCAUCAACUUCAUCGCCAUCUACUACCACGCCUCCAGGGCCAUCCCGUUCGGCACGAUGGUGGCUGUUUGCUGUAUCUGUUUCUUCGUCAUUCUGCCCCUGAACCUGGUGGGCACCAUUCUGGGCAGAAACCUUUCAGGCCAGCCCAACUUCCCCUGCCGUGUGAACGCCGUGCCUCGGCCCAUCCCCGAGAAGAAAUGGUUCAUGGAGCCGGCCGUCAUCGUUUGCCUGGGAGGAAUCCUGCCCUUCGGCUCCAUAUUCAUUGAAAUGUACUUCAUCUUCACCUCCUUCUGGGCCUAUAAGAUCUACUAUGUGUACGGGUUCAUGAUGCUGGUCCUGGUCAUCCUGUGCAUCGUGACCGUCUGCGUCACCAUCGUGUGCACCUACUUCCUGCUCAACGCUGAAGACUACAGAUGGCAGUGGACGAGCUUCCUGUCGGCAGCCUCCACUGCAGUUUAUGUUUACAUGUACUCUUUCUACUACUACUUCUUUAAAACAAAGAUGUACGGCUUGUUUCAGACGUCCUUCUACUUUGGGUACAUGGCUGUGUUCAGCACAGCGCUGGGAAUCAUGUGUGGAGCGGUUGGUUAUAUGGGAACAAGUGCCUUCGUGAGGAAGAUCUACACUAAUGUGAAAAUUGACUAAAGUGACGAUGGGAUCGUUGGAUCACACGCAGCUUGUCCAACCGAGUCGGGCACAAGUCCUUUUUUGCAGGAAGAGAUUGUGGUGUAUUACUUUGUACAAAUGUAGUUUUCCAUUUUCUGAACGGAUUGAAGAACGCCCACCGAGGAAGUACUAAAUCAAAAAUGAAAAACAAAAUGCUUAAAAUCAGUUAUGUUUUAGUCCAAUGCUUUGAUUAUUAUUUUUUUUAUGUUCCAGAGCAAAUGUUUGGAGUGUAUGCAGUAAUAACUAUGACUAGUCCCCUCCCCAUGCAAACCUUCCACCUCCCGGAAAAAGAACAGAGCUUAUUACUGAUGAAUUGUGUAGCUCUCUUCAGUGAAGAGGAUGGAGCAGAGCGGAGCGUGUUCUGCUGUAUAAAAGGGAGAGUCGGAUGCCUUUACGCGCUGCCUCGGGAGUCCGAGUCGGUCUGAAUGCCACCAUUCUUCUCUGGUUUCUACAUUUCCUUGUCACACUAGGCACCUGCAUAUAUUUUGCAGGUGCGUCUCUUACACGCUGAAAGCUAUAUUAAUGCAUGUAAUAUAUCAGAUUUAGCGGGGGGGGAAAUGAAACCAUUCCCUUAUUUUGUCAUUCAGUGAAAAUAUUUCUCACCUGAAUAAAGUCCAUCCAUCCAAAGAGUGAGGCUUUGGUCAAAAAUUUUAGUUCUGCGGUAGUUUACUGUACAGAUAGACAACAUACAGUAAAGUGUAGGAUUUGGUGAAAUAUUUUGAGGUACAGUAUAAGUGACAGAUUGUUUUAAAUUGGAUGUUUGAUGUGAACCUAUUUUCCAAGUUUAGUCUUAUUCCUUUUUUUUAAUGUUUGGGUUUGAAUGAAGUCUUCUCGUAAAGAUAAUAUAUGGAUAGGGGUAUAACAUGUAUAUAACCUUAAAAUAAUGUAACUCUAGAUGUAGAACCCAAAUGUAUUUGGUUGUACAGAUUUACUACAGUUUUUAAAAUGAAACAUUCAGUAUAAAAGAUUUUUCCCCUUUUUUAUUUUUAUUUUUUGCUUAGGGGAGGUCAGCUCAAGACACAUCUUGCCUGGAAUUGCAUGAAUAACCAUCUAAAUGUAUGUCUCGUUAAACUGAGUUUAUCCAUAAUUACACCGGUCAUUAACCGAUUCCCUCUGCCCAGGAUAUGCAGCCUCGAUAUAUACUUUUUUUCCCCCUAACAAAAUGUCCUAAACUGAAUUAGGAGCUGCUUGCAGGUGUAAUGGUUACAUUAACAGAUGGCGAACAGACUGAUUACGUUUUAUGAUUUAAAGCUUUAAUUGGCUCAGAGGCCGUUUCCCAUGUUUUGAUUUAGUUAUUCUCGACCUGAAAAAAAAUUGUGAAUGUCAAUAGAAGCGAGGCAUGCGUGCCGAGUUUCCGCAAACAUACUGUACAAAAGACGUUAUUGCACACUUAACUGGAUGUUUUCAUUGUGUUACACGUUGCUUCAAAAAUAUUUCCAUGUGUGUUUUUAUGUAAAUACAAUACCUGUAAAUUAUCACAUUUCCUAAUCAUUAGAAUAAAAAUGAUAAUGGUGUGACAAGUUUUUUUUUUCCCCACUGUUUACUUCCUAUUUUUGUACCGAGUGUGGUUUAGAUUUGUGCUUUUACGUUUUCUGCUUUUUUUAAGCUAAAGGCAAUACAUUUGAUUUGAUUUUUUUUAUUUUCGUCAAUCAUUAAGCACAGAUUUAUUUAAGUAUUCUUGUUGGUUGCAUUCUGUUUUCUAUUCUUUAAAACCUUGGUAAUAAAUUCCAAUGUUAUGCCAUAAAAUUAAUAAAACAAGCGGAAUAUUAA